UUUAGUGACUUCAGUAUUUAUUAGCAUAAAUAUGGUCUAAUCAUAAUAAUAGUUAUCAUUUACGUUUUUUUUAUACCAUUUACUCUUGUAGACGAAACCUGAAGGAGUUUCCAACUUAAAUUAUAAAGACUUAUAUAAAUAAUAUUGUUAUAGUAAUAUAGAUUAUAUAUCUGUAGUCUGAGACUUGUAUUCCGCCAUGAAUUUUUGUGAUUUGGUAUAGAUCAACGUUUAACAAACAGGAUGGCUGUAAAAAAAUGUUGUAUUGAGAACUGUAACUCUUGUUCUACAAGAAAGGAAGAUUUCGGUGUUACAUACCACAGAUAUCCUAAAGACGUAACAUUACGUGACAUUUGGAUAGAAGUUACACAAUAUAAAUUAACUAACACUGAUUUGGCAAGUUACGUGUGCUCUCGGCAUUUUCGUAAAUGCGAUUUUCGAAUAUAUAAGGACUCAAAAUAUGUUUUGAAGUCAGAUGCAAUACCCUCAAUAUUUCCUUGGUCGUUACCAGACAAGAAUACAUUGAACAUGGAUAUUAACAAUGUUGUUAAAGAAGAAAGUGAGAAUGAUUCUCAGAAUAGUAGUAAAGAGUCAGAAGGAGAGAAUUUGGAUGCUAUAAAAAAGUAUAUUCAGGAACAAGAGAAGGAAAUACAAGAGAAGGAGAAACAGCCAGAGGAAGAAAAAAAGAUUGAAAAUCAAAAUGUAGAAUUAGAUAAAUAUAAUCAAUCUCUAGAGGAGAGAAUGUCUGUGGCUUCCAGUAUGAUGGAUGCAAUACUCAAUGAGUCUGAAGCAUUAAUCGCUAAAAGAAUUAUGAAACCAGAAGCUAAACAGAGUUUGUGUUCUGGUGACAAAGGUAACAGUACACCUCUCUCAGUAGGCUCUAGAGUGGAGGCAAAGGAUUUUGGUGAAUUUUGGUAUGAAGCACAGAUUGCUGAAGUCGACUAUGAUGAAAUGGAGGUGCUUGUACAUUAUGAAGACUUGAAAAAGCAUGAUGAGUGGAUUAGUCUCAGCAGUCCAAGAUUAAGACCCUUAGGUAGUGGUAAUAAUGUGGUAAAUUCUCCUGAGCCUGCAAAAGAAGUACAAAGUGUAUCAACACCAGUUGCUAAUCCCAUAAUGGUUAAAGAGGAGCCUAAAACAGAAGAGAAACCUAAACUCACAUUUGUAGUAGGUGAAAGAUGUUUAGCUCGAUGGAGGGAUAAUCGGAGAUUUAUGGCUACUGUCAAUAAAGACUUGGGAAAUGGAAAUUAUGAGAUAAUAUUUGAUGAUGGGUUCCUGUGGAAAUGCAGUACCGCCAGGAUGUACAAAUCCAAAGUCACUGAUAACUUAACUGUUGACACGACAUCUUUGACAGCAAAUUCAGUUCCCUCACCAAUACAGCAAGGGGGCCCUAGUAGUGCCAUGGCACUUCCUUACCACACACAUCUAUUUGACCCUAACCGUGAUUAUUUAGGUUCUAAAAGUGAACGUCGUGAAAUGAAGAGAAAGUUGAAUAUUAAAGAAAUAUUCAACAUUGGACAAAAGCGGUCAAAAAAACGGGCAUCGGAUAAACCCAAGGUUGCAGUGGUGAGAAAACCAAAGAUUGUUAAAAAGAAAUUGGCUGAGAAGCAUCCAAUUGAUCCUGUUAAAGUGAAAAAGGAAGUUCCUGAGGCAGUAGCAUCAAUAAUAGGUACUGUUAAAAAUGAAUCAGACAAUGAAGUAAAAGAAGAACCAUCGCAAGAAACUAAAUUAAAAAGAGAAAAUAAAUCUUCAGAAGAACCAACACCUUCAGAACUUAGCCAUGAACAAGAACAACCUGUUCAAAGGUCAAAUGACUACACUCAUAAAAUAGAAGAAUCAGAUAAACCAGAAGAAUCAGAUAAACUAGAAGAAUCAGAUAAACCAGAAGAGGAUAUGAAUGAAGAAGAAGAUAUAAAUGAGAAAAUAAGUCAGUCUAUGGAGAAUUUAAAUAAGGUACCAGGGACAAUAGAUAUUUCAGAUAGUUCUGACGUGCAGAGUAGUAAAAUAGAGGAUGAUCGUACAUCAGAAGAAGAACUCAAGCUGGAAAAGUUUGAUAAACAAGAUGGAGAGAAACAUGAAGAAGUCAUAGACAAGAUAAAAGAGGUUAUUACCAAAAUAGAGGAUGAUUUAUAUAAAGUUGAAAAAGUAAAUUCCCCAAAACCGGAGAUUAAAGACGUACUAAUAAAAAUUGAAAAAAAGGAAGAAAUAAAGAUUGAGAAAGAUGAUGCUAAAGAUGAUGCUAAAGAAAAAAAGAAGUUAGCAAAGAUAAAGAAAGGUAAAAAAUUAAGAUUGUUACAGGAGAGAAAGGUAAAGAAACAAGUGGAGAAGGUUAAGAGUGAAUUGGAAGCUAUGAAGAAGCAAGUAGAAGAAAUGAAAAAGCAGAUGAUGAUGAGAGCAGAGGAACUUGCGGAACACAAUAUGCCCAUGGGUUUCUUGCUGCCAGGGGAGUGGUGCUGCAAAUGGGUAAAUGGACAACCAGUUGGAAAAGUUAGUGAGCUGGAAGCAGAAGUUAAGGAUGGGAACACUAAGCCAGGCCUGCCAAGACGAAGUGUACAGGUUGAAGAUAAAAGAUUACCGCAAGGUUGGACAAAGCAUAUGGUUCGCAGAAGUUAUGGACAUUCAGCUGGUAAAUGGGAUGUAGUUUUAGUAAGUCCUGAUAAUCGUCGGUUUCACACUAAAAAUGAGAUGCGUAAUUAUUUGGAAAAUAAUCCUAGCGAAGAUUUACGUUCAUAUGAGAAUGUGUUGCUGGACUUUGGAAUACAUCUCAAGCUGUCUCGCCGUAUAGGAUGGGUAACCACAACUCCAGGUGGAACUGACACUACACCGGUCACGACACUGCCGGCAGGCACAUUGUUUAGCACGUCACCGCUCGUGAAGCAAAGAAAACUGAGCCUUAAAAGCAGUAAGCACAGUGUUAAAGAUAAAAAACGCAAAAUGGGCGUUGGCGUCAAAAUACGACGCGAUGAAAAUCAUCCGUUGUCUACUACUGGUGCAGAAGGCAGUAACGAAGGUGUGUUUCCACCGAAAUUAAAGUUAAAGAAAAAAGCAAGAUCAAAGUUAAAGUCGUUAACAACGUCGAAAUAUAAGCCAAUAAUUGAUUCUCCUGCCUUAGAAGAUGGAUAUGUAUAUGUUGGAGCACUGAAGGUACAAGUCAUAGAUAAUCUACUGCGCUGCCCAGCGGAAGGGUGCUUAAAGAAUUUCCGUAACAAUACACUUCUGCAAAUGCAUAUCAAGCAUUACCACCGGGAGCUUCGUAAAAUGAUGGGCAGAACACCCAAAGUUCUGGACUUGGCUUACGCUAGGACUAUGCCCACUGAUAUAGAAUCGCCUAAAAUGCCAGAAUUAAAGACUAUUAAAGUCAAAAUACCGAGAUUACCAAAGCGUUAUGAAGAGGUGAAACAAGAAUUAAAAGAACCAAAGAUAGAAGUGCCCAUAGAAUGUCCAACUACUCCUGUGAAGGCUGAAGUGGAGAUAUCAAAACAAGAUUCUCCUAAACUUAGGCACGCGUUAAUAAACAAGCCGGUGAAACGACCGAGAGUUCUAUUGCCAGUCAGGAGGAUUGAAACAGUAGAACCUGAAUUGAAGAAACCAAAGACGGAAAACCAAGUGGAGACAGAUAAUGAAAUUAUAGAUCCACUGGUAUACAUACCCCCGAUAGAGCAGUUAGAUUUCGAGACCGCCAUAUCCACUCACACUGUAACAAAGCCCUUAGAACGAGUUACGAAGGAUAAACAUAUUUUACCAUUAAAGAAGCCUUUAAGCGAUGAUGACGAAUGGUUCGGUGGUAAUUCUGACAUGGAGACAAGGUCCAGUUUUCCAAGAUCAGGGACACCGGAUUCGAAACAUACGGAUCAGAAGCCUGUGUUAGCAGUGUCGAACGAGGAACAGAAAGAAUCGGAUAUGUACACGUACACAGAGAAUGGGGAGCGUAUCAAGAUAGUGCACAUGAAACGCGAGGAGAUCAUCAACUGCCACUGCGGGUUCCGCGAGGAGGACGGCCUCAUGGUACAGUGCGAGCUGUGCCUCUGCUGGCAGCACGCGCUCUGCCACAACAUACAGAAAGAAUCUGAGGUACCGGAGAAGUACACGUGCAGCAUCUGCCUGAAUCCGCGGCGCGGGCGGCGCUCGCAGCGGUUCCUGCACGACCAGGACCGCCUGUACGAGGGGCUGCUGCCGGGCGCGCCGCCCAGCGCCUCGCUGCGGCGCUCGCACGAGCUCGCCGGCAACCUGCUGCGCAUACGGGACGCGCUGCACGCCUGCCGCCUCAAGUACCACGUCGCCACGAAAAAGAAUCACCCGAAACUGUACCUCUGGGCCCAAGAUUGGGAGAAUGGUGAUAUUAACUUCAGCCAGGAUAGAUUGAACUCUGACUACUCAGAUUUGAAUAUCAUGAUCAACAACAUCGGCAAGGAGAAUCUACCGCUGAAGGAUGAUAUGAGAGACAUGAACCUUGAUAUGAGGAUUGAUGAUGAGAAUGACAGGUUCAGUCAAAGAGAAGGCCCGCUAGGUCCACAAACUCUCCUCAGUGGCCUGCUUUCUAGCCCAGGGGGAGUGUCUCUCGACUUACCUCUCAGCAAUUCAGAUUUGGACAAAUUGACAAAGAGUGUUCAAGAACAAGAACAACAGAGAGCGACAGGGCCGCAGCCGGAGCCGGCGAUAGAGAACAGCGCGUGUCGGGAACGUCUAUUGCGGCAUAUUCAGCGCUCUCAGGCGCUUAUUGACGCGAGGCUCGACUCCAUUGAGGCACAGGUUGCGGAGUUGGAGUCACAAGACCCAUCGUUUGAGGAUGACGAAACCGCAGACUACUUCCCGCGCACGAAGCAAACCAUCCAGAUGUUGAUGAGGGAUCUAGAUACCAUGGAGGAGCUCGGAGCUAGUUAGUGGAUCUUCGAUUCGAAUUUAUUUUGAAAUCGUCUUUAAGUUAAUUCAGCUUUAAUUGGAGCAAUUUAGUUUUGCUUGUGCCCCUUAUAAACACUUUUGUUAUAAAAAAAUCUGCGUUUUUAAGAAAAAGUUAAUGAUCUAUUUAUGUGGUCACUCUGAUUUUGCGAAUUAUUAAAAAAAUAUUUCACUGAUGUAUUUCUUGCGAUUUAUUGCUGUAGUGUAGUUGGUUUUUAUAAGCUUUGGUAAUAAUAAUAAGGAACAAGAUCUCCAAAUAAUUAGCUGCGUGAAUAAGAAACAGAAUGGUGAAUAAAACUCAAUGGAAAUCUGUUAUAAGGUGGGCAAGUUCGUUUAUGUAAUUUACAUAGGAUCUUAAUCUUAGAAAUUUAUGUAAAUAGUAUAUGGAAAUAAAUUUUAUUAAAAUAAAUGCAUUUACCAAAUAUA